UCCUUUCCCCUACGAACAUGCAAGAUUUGGAAUGGAAAAUAAUUUAUGUGGGUUCAGCUGAAAGUGAAGAGUAUGAUCAGGUGUUAGACUCUGUUUUAGUUGGACCUGUUCCUGCAGGCAGACACAUGUUUGUAUUUCAGGCUGAUGCACCUAACCCAGGGCUUAUUCCAGAUGCAGAUGCAGUAGGUGUAACUGUUGUGCUAAUUACAUGCACUUACCGAGGUCAAGAAUUUAUUAGAGUCGGCUACUAUGUAAACAAUGAAUAUACUGAAACAGAACUGAGAGAGAAUCCACCAGUAAAGCCAGAUUUUUCUAAGCUUCAAAGGAAUAUUUUGGCAUCUAAUCCCAGAGUCACGAGAUUCCACAUUAAUUGGGAGGACAACACUGAAAAACUGGAAGAUGCAGAGAGCAGUAACCCAAAUCUACAGUCCUUGCUUUCCACAGAUGCAUUACCUUCAGCAUCAAAGGGGUGGUCAACAUCAGAAAAUUCACUAAAUGUUAUGUUAGAAUCUCAUAUGGACUGCAUGUGACUAACCACCAUCCUUUUGGUACUGUAUAUGUGUUAAACUGUAAAAACAACCAGAACUAUUUCCCUCGAGUUCCAUAAAUGCAUAGUUGAAGCAAUGUGAAGAACUUGUUUUAAAACAUCCUGUAGAAAGUUUAUAAAAAAAAACAAAACCAAAAAACCCAACAAACAAACAGUAUUUGAGGAGAUUGUGAAAUAUAAAUACAACUAUUUUUAAGUAAUUGCCUUUUUUUUCUAUGUUAUUCUAUGUGGUCUAAACCAAACCUGAUUAAAGUAUAUGUAUUCUCUCCCCUCCCCCCUUACUUUGUAAGCACUAUUAAAAGCUUAAAAACAGUUCAAAAGUUAAAACAUUCAGGCAAAAUGAAGGAAUAAUGCCAUGUCCUCAUCGCUGCUAUCCAGAUUGCCAAAUAUAAAGUGCCCUUUAAUAGCAUCUUAAGAACGAAACUGUCAUUAGAUGAAGUGCAAAGAAAAAAAGUGUCUCUUAAUAACAAACAAAAAAGUCCAAAAAUGUCCUUUUGCUCUGAAAGCAAACAGCACAGUAUAAUUUUAGGUGCAAGCUUCUUUUCCUUUCAAGGCACAUACUUGUUACUUAAAGCCUGCAAUUUGAGAUUUACCAUCUGCUAUCUUGGAUUUUAGGACUUUUUUUUUUUUUUUUUAAAUCUCCUGCUGCUGCUGUUUAGUCAAACUAUGGUUUUGUUCAGGACAGUGUUUCAUGUAUAUUGGGGUGGGUAACUCAGGAAAGAGCCCUUUUUCAGCCACCCUAAUACCAUACCCAAGUGGUUGGAAGGAUGCAAGCAAGUACUAGAAGAUUCUAAACCUCAAAAGCAAUAGUGUGAAUAUCCCAAAUAUAUACUCUUCUGCAAGAUUACAGAUCACUACUGGUUAGUAUGUUUACUUUCAGGCAUGUUUUAUUGUCAUCUUUUUCAGUAGUAGUAAGGAGUUAGGUUGUUUUCUUUCAGUUUUUUGAAACACCUGGAAUUUUAAACUUCUGUAUUCUUUCUAGCCUUUAAGGCAAUCCUAGUCACUGGUAUAAACCCUGUUGUGGCAGGCAUGACACAGUCAAAAAUACAUCACUUGCCCUCAAGCUCUUGCAGUGAGACAUCCCUAUUACCUGAGGCAUCCUUGAAAAUAAAAGGAACUAAGCAGUAACCUGUAAAGACUUAAGACAGUCUUACAACACUUAAGAAUUUAGUUAUUGCUUUCAAUCCUCAUUAGCUAUAUUUAUAUUUACUGUGCCUGUAUGUGCAUUUAAGUUGUAAUCUGUCAUGCCAGAUUACAGGAAUACAGUUCUACUGUUUACUAGUCACUGCCCAAAUUAUGAACCCUUGUAGGUUCUGGGCCCUUCAAAAAAAAGGUAGAUUUCAUGAUGAUUAACAGUGUAGCUCUGAAUAAAAAUAGAAUGCUUUCUCGUUUCCUUCUGCAUUCUCUAAUGGUGAUGAAGAUGUCCUAGACAGUGCUUCUGUCUUUCCAUAUCAUUAAUGAAAUUGCCUGCAUUUCAGAUAUGUGUUUUUUAAACUGGAAAGGAAUGACCUGAUCCAAAUAUUUUUCCUGUAUGGAAGCUCAGCAGUACUUAUUUAGAGUAGAUGAAUGAAUUAAUGAAAUGCAUUAAUAUUUGGAGGCCUAGUUCUGAUAUGUGCUCUUAACAAUCUCUCUAAUUGUUUAAAGUGAUAAUCAGAAAUCUAAAACUAUUAAUACUCAUCAGUAUGACUUAACACAAAGAACUAAGUGUUCCCUGAACUAGCAGUCACUUCACUUAAGGCUGAAAUUCUGUGAACUUUAUCUUUGAUUUUCAAUUAUAUUGCAACUUUUAGGUCUGCAGUGACAUUUUGAGAUUUUUUCAUGCACUUUAUGUUCUAUUUAUAAGUCUGUUUAAGUUAUCUCCUAAAUGUAAGAAUGUAAAUAAUUUGGUUACCUGCUGAAGGAUUGACAGGCUUGUGAAGUAUGCCUUGAAUUAAGGUUACUGUAGUAGUGUCUCAAACUUUUGCCUCUGUUGAAUAUUCAGAUGAAAACACAAUCCAAGUACAAGCUGUAACCAGAAUCCAUCCACUGGUAGCAUGAAGGCUUUUUAGAAGCAUAUGCCACAAAGUGAUGGAAGCAAACCAUUAUUGCUGCUAUUGCAAAUCCAAUUGCAAAAUUAGUCAACAAAGCGAUGUCACCCAGCAAACCAGUUAAGUCAGAGGAAUGGAAAAGUGAAGUUCUGUUGUCAGUCUAAAAGUCGUGCGUGCGUGAGUACUUGAGUGCAAUAAAUGUCAGGCUUGACUGUG